AAAUAAAAAAGUUGUAAACAAAUAAACACAACUGUAUACUAAGCAUUCGCCGGAAAUUAAAAAUACCAGAUUUCCCGCUUCGAAGAAAUUCCCGACAACAAAUAUCACGAAAUUCAGUUUCUUCCAAGAAUUAAUAUGAUUUAGUACUAAACAUUGCUUGCAAAAAAAUUAAAUUUAAAUAAAUAAGUUAAUGGAAAAUUAAAGCGGACGAUUCAGAAAAAAUACAUAGUUUAUUAACAAACAAAAAAGCAAUGCAUCCGUGAGACGGAGUUUUUGCGAAGAAGCAGGGGAAGCAGAGGGAGCGACCGAAGAACGGCGAAAGGCGUGCAAGGCAGAAGUAACAGUUCCUGGCACGGCGGAGUGUUCGAGUGUGUGUGUGAGCAGAAGCAGUAGUAAAAAUGUGCUUGGCGGACGACAAACUGAACGGGAUGCGAUUGCGGAUGCAGAAUUAAAAUUAAAUUCACACGAAUUUAUGAGCGAGGCGCGUGUUUUCGGCAGACUCCUGGGUCUUUGGAAAUUUGCAUCGUCGACGAGGCGGAAUAAUGAAUCGAUGACUAUUUACUGCUGAUACGGCCACAUCUGCCAGCUGUCUUUGGGCCUCUCCUCUCACUCACUCACCCACUCGCAUAUCCUGUGGAGCCAAAAAACAAAAAAAAAGUCAACCGAAAUUCCCCAACAACUAUAGCGGCAACGGUGCCCCAGGCUUAGCACGGAAUCCAACUCGAACUCGAACCGCAACGAACUCAAACCUGCGCAGGAGAUAAGGGAAGAGCGCGAGUGGGAACUUGUGAGAGAGCCAAGUGCGCGAAAGGACUCUCAGCGGGCGGAGGGAGUGGGCCGGCACGACGCGGAAGUGGUGACAUCUGUUUUGGAGCUUUGUCAGUUGCGGAUGCUGCCGAACACCAACACGAAGGCGGACGAGCAAACGAACCGAGCACCAACACCGACGAGCAGGAGCGCAACGUGAACAAGUGUGGAAAUUGGAAUUUUUAUUCAAAACAAUGCCCCUGCUGCAACAGUACGACACUCUUGAUUGCCCCGGAACUGGAGGCAACAUGCGAGCUUUGAGCGGUGGAUCCACCACGACGGAGCUGCUACAGAAGCACUCGAUCAGUUCCUUCCUCGACCACCACCAGCAGCAACCACAGCAACACCAUCAUCUGCAACUGCAACAGCAACAGCAGCAGCAACAGCAACAACAGCAGCAGCAGCACGAUCUUCUGGGUAGAUGUAACGACGACGGAUUAAUAUCUUUUAUCAACGAUCCAAUCACACUGAACGAUCUGCUCGGCCUCUGUGGCACUGGUGGCAAUGGGGUCGUCGGAGGUGGCCAAAACCCUUCGACAUCUUCGAUGGGUGGAGGAGUAGGAGGAGCGGCAGCAGCAGCAGCAGCAGGUAGUGCGGGAGCUACUACGGCAGUCGGUACAGCAUCGGGAACAGGAGUAGGAUCUGGACUAGGAUCGGGCCAGGGAGGAGCCACCUGCCCCGCGAGCCAAACCCCCGGCAGCUUCGGUGGUAACGGCAGCAGCAGCGGCGUCAAUAAUCUGCUGCUUGCCAGCGCUGCUGCUGCUGUCGCUGUCGCCGCGUCUGCCGGUGAUGGCGUCCAGCUUUCCGCCAACGCGGCGGUCUACGCUCCACUCACGCCCAGUUCCACUCAGUCCUCGGCGUCGCCGGGCACCAAGUCGUCCAGUUUCGACUACUUCCAGUUUGAAAAUGUUGCACAAAGUAACCCACUUAAGGCUUUCCAAAGAACAAACAUCAGCUUCGAUUGCUCUGCACCUUUAUCGCCAAGUACGCCUACAUCUAUUUACAAUCGCUCCUUUCACAGUUCACCUUUAGUCAGUGACAGCAGCAACUCCUCGAGCGGCAAUGGCCUCUCCAUGGACUCCAUAAACAUGCUCUACCACCAUCAGCAUCAACAGCAGCAGCAACAGCAGCAGCACCAACAGCAGCACCAACAGCAGCAGCAUCAGGGAUACACCAGCUUGGGCCACUCCACGAGCAGUGGCUUGGGACUCAGCCUGGCGAAUGCCUCUACGCGAUCCAACUCGCCAGAGAGCCAGAACAGCAGCCAGUCGAUUAGCGAGCCCAACCUUCUGGACAUGAUUAAUUUGCUGUCUGUUAAUAGCAACAAAUUAGCCUCAAUGCAGCAGCAGCAGCAGCAGCAACUGCAGCAGCAACAGCAGCAGCAACAGCAGCAGCACCAUCACCAUCAGCAGCAGCAACAACAGCAACACCAACACCAGCAACACCAACACCAGCUACAGCAGCAAUUCGCAAACAUGAGCAGGAACUACGAGCAGCAGAUGGCCAACAAUGGAGGUCAGCAGCAGCACGGGUUCGAUCUCAAUGGCGUUGGCACUGUCGGCGGGGGCAACGAGAAUUGCCUCGGUCAGUGCAGCCUGGACAACUUCGCUAGCGUGGAUAUGGAACUAGCCAAGUUGCAGAACUUGCAACGUAUCAACACGCUGAAGCUGCUGCAGGCACAGACGCAACAGAUGCCGUUGCUAAGCCAACUGCUGCAGAGCUAUGCUGGCGGCAACGUUACGGGAAAUACCUUGAACAACCUUAUAGGUAUGGGCGGGUCGACCAACGGAAUAACCAUGUCGGAUAUGAAUGGUGGCGGCACCGGCAACGGAACCAACAAUGAUGGUCAUCUGGAUCGCGUGGCAAAGUUCCACAGGACCUCGGCUGCUCUUUGUGACGCCACAUGUACCUGGAGUGGACAGCUGCCGCCGCGCUCGCACCGCAUGCUCAACUAUUCGCCAAAGGUCUUUCUCGGCGGCAUUCCCUGGGAUAUUAGUGAGCAGUCGCUAAUCCAGAUCUUUAAGCCCUUCGGCUCCAUCAAAGUGGAGUGGCCCGGAAAGGAACAGCAAGCUGCGCAACCCAAGGGCUAUGUGUACAUAAUCUUUGAGUCCGACAAGCAGGUGAAGGCCCUACUCUCCGCCUGUGUGGUCCAGGUGGAUGAUUCCCACAGCGGCAGUAACUACUUCUUCAAGAUCUCCUCACGUCGCAUUAAAUCAAAGGAUGUCGAGGUCAUUCCAUGGAUAAUUGCCGACUCCAACUUUGUGCGCUCAAGUUCCCAGAAAUUAGAUCCUACGAAGACCGUAUUCGUUGGUGCUUUGCAUGGCAAGUUAACAGCUGAGGGGCUGGGUAAGAUAAUGGAUGAUCUAUUUGAUGGUGUGCUGUAUGCUGGCAUCGAUACGGACAAGUACAAGUACCCGAUUGGAUCGGGACGCGUGACCUUUAGUAACUUUCGCUCAUACAUGAAAGCCGUCUCGGCCGCCUUCAUUGAGAUUCGAACCACAAAGUUCACCAAAAAGGUGCAGGUGGAUCCAUAUUUAGAGGACGCCCUGUGUUCAAUAUGCGGAGUGCAACACGGUCCCUACUAUUGUCGAGAGUUGUCUUGUUUCCGCUACUUCUGUCGCAGUUGCUGGCAAUGGCAGCACAGCUGUGACAUCGUCAAGAACCACAAGCCCUUGACCCGCAACUCCAAGUCACAGAACCUGGUUGGCAUCGGUCCAUCCUCGUCGACCGUUUCGCUGGCCUCGUCCAGCCACAGUAAUAACGGCGAAAACAAGACGCCGCAUCACCAGCAACAGCAUCAGAUCCAGCAGCAGCAACUGAAGCACCAUCAUCUCCAACAGCAGCAGCAAGCGCAACAGUCUCACAAUCUGAACUUGAUGAGCAAUCCCGGAUCUGGCAAUGCUGCAACAUUGUACAACUUCCAGCAGCAGCAACAGCGGCAAAAGCAGCACAAUCAUCCGGCGAUCUAGGCAGCCUAAGCUUUUAUCCGCACCGUUUUACGGAUUUUUCCGCAUAUACGUGUAAGGCGGAAUUUCGGACUUUUAGUGGCAGAGUUUUUCCAGAAGCCGAUGGAGACCCGGGCUCGUCAUCAACUUCAUCAUCAUUAUCAUUGUGAACACAGUUUUAUUGAUGUGUGUAUAUUAGAUCGGUAGGAUAUGAUGAAGCUUA